UGCUUUUGUCACGGUUCUCGAUUUUUUCUUUUAGUAGUGUACAUUGCCUUAUAAGGAAAUAUUUGGGUUUGAGUGUGGCAAGAAAGAUGGCUUCCUUGCAAGAACCAUGGCUAUUGGAGAAAGGAAACUUGAAGGGGUCCAGCAAGGAGAUUCGCCAUGGCAGGACUGCGCACAACAUGUCGUCCUCUUCAUUGCGGAAAAAGUCGGACCUGACGCUUGUUUCCAAGGUUCGAUAUGGGAUGCUUAGGCAGUUCCUGACCAAUCUUCAAGAGGUUAUUCUAGGGACUAAACUUUCGGUUCUCUUCCCUGCUAUUCCACUGGCGGUUGUUGCUGACUGCUAUGGGUUUGGAAGACCCUGCGUUUUUGCAUUGAGUUUACUUGGACUUACACCAUUGGCUGAACGAGUCAGCUUUCUCACGGAGCAAAUCGCUUAUUACACUGGUCCAACAGUGGGAGGGCUGUUGAAUGCAACCUGUGGCAAUGCUACUGAGCUUAUCAUAGCAAUUUUUGCCCUAGGCCAAUACAAAAUAGAUGUGGUCAAGUAUUCCCUUCUGGGUUCUGUCCUAUCAAACCUGCUUUUGGUUCUUGGAACCUCUCUCUUCUGUGGCGGUAUUGCCAACCUGAGAAAGGAACAAAAAUAUGAUAGAAGACAAGCUGAUGUGAACUCUCUCCUUCUGCUGCUUGCAUUAUUGUGCCAUUCGCUGCCAUUGUUGUUUCGACUGACUGGGGCGUCCGCUGCUGUCACAAAUGACCCAACACUGCAGUUGUCGAGAGCCAGCAGCAUUGUAAUGUUGAUUACGUACCUUUCAUACCUGGUCUUCCAACUAUUCACACACCGGCAAUUGUUUGAAGCUCAAGAGGAAUCAGAAGAUGACGAAGAUGGACUACCAGAAGAAGCACCAGUAAUUGGAUUUUGGAGUGGAUUUAUCUGGCUAAUUGGAAUGACUACUGUCAUCUCUCUGCUGUCUGAAUAUGUUGUACAAACAAUUGAGGCUGCCUCGGAUUCUUGGGGAAUUUCUGUUAGCUUCAUCAGCAUUAUUCUGCUACCCAUUGUUGGAAAUGCAGCAGAACAUGCAGGAGCCAUUAUUUUUGCUUUUAAAAACAAGCUGGAUAUUUCUUUAGGUGUUGCAUUAGGAUCUGCAACUCAAAUUUCCAUGUUUGUGGUCCCACUCUGUGUGGUUGUGGCUUGGAUUAUGGGUAUUAACAUGGAUCUUAAUUUCAAUCUCCUUGAAACUGGCUCUCUCGCUCUAUCAAUUAUUGCCGUAGCCUUCACUUUACAAGAUGGCACUUCUCACUACAUGAAAGGACUGGUUCUUCUACUGCUCUACAUUGUUAUUGGAACUUGCUUUUUUGUAUCCAAAACACCUCUAAACCAAGUAAACAUCACAAACUCGGAAACUGAAAUAGCCAUUGACAAAAUCUUCAGAGUUUGAUAAGCUUUAUCCCCUUUGAUGAUGAAACGUUUGAAACUUCAACGGACAUUUCAUGUCAUUCUUUCAUUAUGGUCUGGCCUGCCAGAAAGCUGACAAUUCGCAGUUACUCCACCGCACAGAAGUUGUCAUUUCUUCAAAGUUCAAACUUGAGAUGGGUACCAUAUAUAUAAAUAUAUGCUUUAGAUUGGUACCACAGGACAUUGUUCUGUCUGUGUAUAGAUCUCUUUCGGUGUGUUUUUUGCUUUUCAACUGAGGUAUGUUUCUAAAUUAUGCCAGUAUAAGGGUGGCAAAUGAGCUAGCUGAUGUGGUUGUUUCCCUCUUGUAAUGCAUUUCAUCAAAAUAAAUGAAAUCGUUUGUUGUUUUUA